AUGGUUCAAGCCAUCCAAUUUCGCGGAUCUCCAUCUGGGGAGAUUAUCCAGGAAACAAACACCCUUCCCGACGUCAAACCAGAUGAAGUUCUCAUCCAAGUCACCCACAGCGGUCUCUGUGGAAGCGAUCUUCACAUGCUCAAGUUACCACUCGUCCUAGGCCAUGAGGGCAUUGGAAUCGUCGAACAAGUUGGCUCAGCCUGCACACGACUCAACGUCGGCGACCGUGUCGGUUGGGGACCGAUCUAUUCCACCUGCGGAGACUGCGAGAUGUGCGUCACCGGUCGUGAUACGUACUGCCAUGAGGUCAAGGUAUACGGGUCAGCAGAAUGGGAGGCUCAUGGUUCAUUUUGCAGCCAUGUAAUCCGUAAGGUGCGGUGGACGUUCAAUGUUCCAGACCGUCUUUCGUCGGCUGAGGCUGCGCCAUUGAUGUGUGGCGGUGCAACCGUCUGGGCGCCCCUCGUCGAGCAAUGCAAAAGCUUCGAGCGAGUAGGCAUCGUGGGCAUUGGCGGACUAGGCCAUCUGGCGAUUGAAUUCGCCUCCAAAAUGGGUUGCGAUGUUGUUGUCUUUUCUUCCUCCCCCGACAAAAAAGAGGAGGCUUUAAGCCUCGGGGCCAGCGAGUUCUACGCGACCAAAGGCUUAACCGACUACGCAGACCUGAACAUUACCAAACCCAUCAACCGACUCAUCAUCACCUCGUCGACCACGUUCGACCUCGGCCUGUUCUGUGCCAUCCUAGCUCCCACGGCCACCAUUCACCCAUUGACGCUUGGUCCUGGGGAUCUGGCGAUCCCAAACCUGUCCGUCCUUUUUGGCGGGUAUCGUAUUGUUGGUAGUUUGAUCUGCACUCGAUGUCAGAAAAAUCAAAUGCUCGACUUCGCAGCCCGGCAUAACAUCUCUUGCAUUGUUGAGACAUUCCCCAUGACACUUGACGGUGUUAAUGAAGCUGUGAACAGGCUGAAGGAUGGAAAGAUGCGGUACCGUGGUGUUGUUAGCUGGGAGUACUAG